AUGACCAGCCCUGACCCUGCGUACAGAGAAAAACUGCUUUCAGAUAUGCCAUCUCCCAGUGUCAGCCGUAAUGGACAUGACACUCUUCGGAUUGAAAAGAUGCCACGCACAUGCGGAAGGUCCAUUAACGUGCCUUCAGUCGAUUCGAUCAUAAGGCAAAGCCAGCUGCAGAGGAGAAACGUCGUAAACGUCCGUAUUUUUGGAGGCGAAGAAUCCGCGCCGAACAGCUGGCCUUGGCAAGUGGGCUUGUCGUUCAUGAACCAGAUUAUUUGCGGAGGCACGAUGAUUGGCACGCGACAGGUGCUGACAGCCAGUCACUGCUUCCAGCACUCAAAAAAUCGAAAGUACUACAAAGUGAUAAUUGGCCUGCACGACAGGCUGUCAAAAAAAUUUGACUCAGUGACGAUUUCGAACAUUACUGAAUACCCUGACUUCGGUAAGCCACUGGCGGCCAGCAACGACAUCGCUCUUCUUACGCUGUCCGAAGAUGUGACGUCGUUUAGUCAAACAGUGACCACUGCAUGUCUUCCAAAAUCAGAAAUCGCUGCGGGGCAACCGUGCAUUGUUACAGGCUGGGGUCUACUCAACGGUAACCGUAAACUACAGUAA